UAAUAUUGGUAAAUAAAUUAAAUUGGAAAACCCCUCAACCUUAGAAACCCCGAGUGAAAUCUAGAGUCUCCAUAUAUCUCAUCGUCGCCACUCCACCACCACCUCCGUCGCCACUCCACCACCACCUACUCCUCCAUCCCCAUCGCCUCGACUACCUUCCCAAUCACUACCAUCUCCAUCUUUUCCCCUUUUUUAUAAAUAAUUUAUGUUUAGAUUUUGCGGAGUCAUAUGAAUGGCUUGGUUGGCAGCUCAAAAAAGGAGUGUUCAUGUUGGUCUUGUAAGAGCUCUGGCUUCAACAUCACUUGGACAUGCAGUGGGAAGAUUAACUUCCAGAAGUAAUCCUCAGAUUGCAGUGAAAUUGGUGUCUGCAUCUGUUCAUCAAAUACCUGAAUUCUCUUUCAGCUCAUCUGUACAGUAUCAUCAAAAUUUUUCUAUUAAAGAAUCAUUUAUACGGUGUUAUCAUGGAACUCCUGCACUUUUGGUUGGAAGAAAGAAUAAUGACGAGUCUCUUGGUUUGAAGGUCCAACCUAAAGGGAAGUUUAGGAAAAAAAAUAGAAGCAACCAGCCACCUGUUGAAGCUCCAUAUGUGGCUCCUAAACUGAAAAAUACCAAGUCGUUACAAGAUAAAACAGUUGAAAUUUUUGAGGGCAUGACCAUCGUUGAGCUUGCCAAGCGCACCGGUCGAUCCAUUGAUACUCUCCAAGAUAUUCUUAGUAAUGUUGGGGAAAAGGUUGGCUCAGAAUUUGAUCCAGUCAGCAUUGAUGUUGCGGAGCUGGUUGCUUUGGAAGUUGGGGUUAAAGUGAGGAGGCAACACUCCAAUGAAGGUGCAGAGAUUCUUCCACGACCUCCUGUUGUGACAGUUAUGGGGCAUGUUGACCAUGGUAAAACUUCUCUUCUAGAUGCUUUGCGUCAAACCUCAGUAGCAGCUAAGGAAGCUGGAGGCAUAACUCAGCAUCUGGGUGCUUUUGUUGUGGGCAUGUCAUCAGGAGCAUCAAUCACAUUCCUCGACACUCCUGGCCAUGCUGCAUUUAGUGCUAUGCGAGCAAGAGGUGCGGCCGUGACAGAUAUAGUUGUGCUUGUUGUGGCAGCCGAUGAUGGAGUAAUGCCUCAAACUCUUGAAGCCGUGGCUCAUGCAAAGGCAGCAAAUGUGCCGAUUGUAGUUGCGGUUAAUAAAUGUGAUAAGCCAGCAGCCAAUCCAGAGAGAGUUAAAGUCCAACUUGCAUCAGAGGGCUUGGAGUUGGAAGAGAUGGGUGGGGAUAUUCAGGUUGUUGAAGUUUCAGCUGUUAAGAAAACUGGUUUGGAUGAUUUGGAGGAGUCUUUACUUCUACAGGCUGAGAUUAUGAACCUUAAAGCACGAGUUGAUGGCCCUGCUCAAGCUUAUGUAGUAGAGGCAAGACUUGAUAAAGGACGUGGCCCAUUAGCUACUGCAAUUGUGAAAGCAGGGACUUUAGUCUGUGGGCAGCACGUGGUUGUUGGUUCAGAGUGGGGCAGAAUAAGAGCUAUUAGGGAUAUGGUAGGGAAAUUGGCUGAGCAGGCAAGACCUGCAAUGCCGGUUGUGAUCGAAGGGCUUAAGGGGCUUCCAAUGGCUGGUGAUGAUAUUGUUGUUGUGGAAUCUGAGGAACGAGCUCGGAUGCUUAGUUCAGGGAGGAAAAGGAAAUUUGAGGAAGAUAGACUUAGGCAGAUGAUUGAUGAUAGGGAAGACACCGUGGAACCAUCAGAUGACACACCUGUUUCCGAGAGGGUGGAAAUGCCAGUCAUUGUAAAAGCAGAUGUGCAGGGGACUGUCCAGGCUGUCACAGAUGCACUGAAGACUUUAAAUAGCCCUCAGGUUUUCGUGAAUGUUGUCCAUGUUGGCGUUGGACCUAUUUCUCAGUCUGAUGUGGACUUGGCACAAGCCUGUGGUGCAUGUAUAGUUGGAUUCAAUGUGAAGGCCCUACCUGCUCCUAUCAGUAUGGCUGCGACUAAAGCCAAAAUAAAGAUCAUGCAGCACCGAGUGAUCUAUCAUCUCUUGGAGGACGUAGGCAAUCUAAUAGUCGAGAAAGCCCCUGGAACUUCUGAGACUCAGGUAGCUGGAGAGGCUGAAGUGCUAGAUAUUUUUGAUCUUAAAGGAAGGAGCAAAUCUGUAGGAGGUGAUGUGAAGAUCGCGGGGUGUAAGGUUCUCGAUGGCCAUGUUGUAAAAUCAGCUACAAUGAGACUUCUGAGGAGCGGGGAAGUUGUAUUCGAAGGUUCUUGCACGUCGCUCAAGCGGGAAAAGCAGGACGUGGAGAGAGUUGCCAAGGGAAACGAAUGUGGAGUUGUUAUGUGUAAUUGUUACGAUUUUAAGGUUGGAGAUAUCAUCCAGUGCUUAGAGCAAGUAGUUAGGAAGCCAAAGUUUAUUUCAUCGGAGAGCGGUGCUGUUCGAAUUGAAUGCUGAUAGUUUAUUAUAUUAGAGAGUUAAAAGAAGAAAAUAAAUUUUGAUUCGUAUGAUGCUGCAUUUCGUCGUGCUCGUCGGACAGGCCAGAUGCUGCAUUUCGUCCCUCUCGCCAGACAGGUGGUCAGUUGCAUCCUUUCCUUGACAGAAUUGAUAGUUGCACAAGCUUUGUGAAUUCUGAAAGAUAAGAAUUUACAUAAAAUUUUGUUGUAAGUUUACAGUAACUUAUUGAUUAGUGGAAACUUAUUGAUUAGUGAAACCAAAUGAAAGCAGCAGAGAGAGCAAAUAUAACUGUAUUAGCUACCUUUGAUUAUUUUUUAUACCAUAUGAUUAUAGCUUAUUAUGAGAUGUACUCUUUUGAAAAAUAAACCUUAUAAUAAGAAUUGUUGGGUGCAA